AGAUGGUGCGAAUGAAUGGGUCGCUUCAAGCUGAAGGUGCGCGCUCGCGUGUGCAGGCGCGCGCCCACGGGAACCAGCAGGUGUCCGUAUUUGGCUAUACAUCUUUCCCCUGCCAUUCCAGUGUUUGCAAUAGUUCUCUUUAUCUUUGUAAUGGCAAUGUUACUCCGUACCAGCUUCAGUGAUCCUGGUGUGCUACCACGUGCUGAGCCAGAUGAGGCUGCAUUUGUGGAGAUGGAAAUAGAGGCAGCCAAUGGGAAUGUCCCAGCAGGCCAGCGACCACCCCCAAGAAUCAAAGAUAUCCAGAUUAACAACCAGAUUAUUAAACUGAAAUACUGCUACACAUGCAAAAUAUUCCGUCCGCCUCGGGCAUCCCACUGUAGUGUUUGUGAUAACUGUGUUGAACGCUUUGAUCACCACUGUCCUUGGGUCGGAAACUGUGUUGGAAAGAGGAAUUACCGUUUCUUUUACCUCUUCACCAUAUCAUUGUCAUUUCUCACUGUCUACAUCUUUGCUUUUGAUAUUGUACAUGUGGCACUGAGAUCCGUGGACAAUGGCUUUUUAAACACCCUGAAGGACACACCAGGAACGGUACUAGAAGUGGUGAUCUGCUUCUUCACAUUAUGGUCUGUGAUUGGUCUGUCUGGAUUUCACACCUAUCUUAUUGCACUCAACCAGACCACCAAUGAAGAUAUUAAAGGUUCUUGGUCAGGGAAAAAUGGAAUUCAUAAUCCGUACAGCCAUGAUGGUGUGUUGAAAAAUUGUUGUGAGAUCCUAUGUGGACCAGUUCCACCAAGGAUGGUUUGUGACUUGGGUGUGGAAGUUAAAGAGAAAUGUUCCUGCUACUGGGGAUUCAGUGCUGCUAAUGUCAUUAAAUGUCUUGGGGCAAUGGCAAGUAGAACUCCAUUGAUACCCAACGAACAGGCACCAGUAAAAGAAAAUCCAGUGGUACCUGGGCAAACUGAACCAGAUGCAAAAGAGACAGUACCAUCACCUGGCAUGCACCAACAACUUCCAUCUCCACAACCAGUGGACUUAAAUAUGCAGUCUGGCACUAAAGCCCUGCAAAGGAAUGCAGUUACAAAAGAAACUUCAUACCAGGGGCAUGCCUUCUAG